UGAAAAAUGAAAGUGAGUCAAUUGACACUUCACGUUGAAAAUGUGAAUCAAUUGAUAUAUAAUUUUUAGAUUACGUUUGAAAACUUUAAGUGAAAAAUCCAUAGUGGUACUUUGUCAAUAUAGAUGUCAAACAUUGAGAAGUUAUCCAUCUUGGGUAGUGAAACCAUCCAUGUUGGGUAUGGUAUCCAAGAACAUAUUGUUGAGACGGUAAUUACUACCAAGGCCUCUUCAACAUAUGUAAUUAUUACUGAUACUAAUAUGGGUAGAACUGAACCCUUUAGGAAAUUGAGUGAAAAAUUCGAUUCCAAGUUGAAAGAAUUAAGACCAGAUUCAAGAUUACUUCAAUAUCAAGUUUCUCCUGGUGAAAAUAAUAAAAGUCGUGAAACUAAAGCUGCUGUGGAAGAUUAUUUAUUACAACAAGGUUGUACUAGAGAUACUGUUAUUUUAGCAGUUGGUGGAGGUGUUAUUGGAGAUAUGAUAGGGUUUGUGGCCGCAACUUUCAUGAGAGGAGUCAGAUAUGUCCAAGUUCCAACUACGUUAUUAGCUAUGGUUGAUUCUUCAGUAGGUGGUAAAACUGCCAUUGAUACUCCAUUAGGUAAAAAUUUCGUUGGUGCUUUCUAUCAACCUCAAUAUGUCUUUGCUGAUGUUUCUUUCCUUAAAACUUUACCAACUAGACAAUUCAUAAAUGGUAUGGCUGAAGUUGUCAAAACAGCUGCUAUUUGGAAUGAAGAUGAAUUUACAAGAUUAGAAAACUUUUCCAAAACUUUCCUUGAUGUAGUAACACGUGAAAAUCCAGAUAUCGAAUCCAUUAAAGAAGAAUUAGUGAAAACUGUUUUAGAAUCUAUAAGAGUUAAAGCUUAUGUCGUAUCAUCCGAUGAAAAGGAAACUGGUUUAAGAAACUUAUUAAACUUUGGUCAUACUAUUGGUCAUGCCAUUGAAGCUGUCGUUACUCCAGAAGCUUUACAUGGUGAAUGUGUUUCCAUCGGUAUGAUCUUAGAAGCUGAAUUAUCAAGAUACUUAGGUAUCUUAUCACCAGUGGCUGUUGCUAGAUUAUCCAAAUGUUUAGUAGCUUAUGGUUUACCUGUUUCAAUCGAUGAUAAAUUAUUUUUAAAGAGAGUUGGAAAUAAACGUCAUUAUGUUCAAUUAGAUAUCUUAUUAAAGAAAAUGUCUAUUGAUAAGAAGAAUGAUGGAAGUAAAAUCAGAUCUGUCUUAUUGGAAUCUAUUGGUAGAUGUUAUCAAUUAAAAGCUCAUGAAAUCAGUAAACGUGAUUUAGGAGUUGUAUUAACUGACGAAGUCUUAGUUCAUCCAUUUAAAUCAGCAGACAUUAAACCAACUAAUGUUAUCAUACCUCCAGGUUCAAAAUCCAUUUCUAAUAGAGCUCUUAUUUUAGCUUCAUUGGGUAAAGGAACAGUCAGAAUAAAAAACUUAUUACAUUCAGAUGAUACUAAACAUAUGUUGGAUGCUGUAACCGCUUUGGGUGGGGCCGAAAUAAGUACUGAAGACAAUGGUGAAACUAUUGUUGUUAAAGGUAAUGGAGGAAAAUUCGUUGCCAAUACUGAACCAUUAUACCUUGGUAAUGCAGGUACUGCUUCAAGAUUUUUAACUAGUGUUGCUACUUUAGUUCAAUCUAGUUCAAGUUCAACAUCAAUUGUUUUAACAGGAAAUGCAAGAAUGCAAGAAAGACCAAUUGGUUCUCUUGUUGAAGCUUUACGUAAUAAUGGUUCCGAAAUUGAAUUUUUAAAUAAAGAAGGUUCAUUACCUUUAAAUGUCAAGACUGGAAAUGGAUUAAAAGGGGGUAGAAUUGAAUUAGCUGCCACUAUUUCUUCUCAAUAUGUUUCCUCAAUCUUGAUGUGUGCUCCAUAUGCUGAAAAAGAAGUUACUCUUUCUUUAGUUGGUGGUAAACCAAUCUCAGUUUUAUAUAUUGAUAUGACCAUUGCUAUGAUGAAAGCUUUCGGUAUUGAAGUUACUAAAUCUACUACUGAAGAACAUACUUAUCAUAUUCCAAAGGGAACUUAUAAGAACCCAGAGGAAUACGUUAUUGAAUCAGAUGCUUCUUCAGCAACUUAUCCAUUAGCUUUUGCUGCUUUAACAGGUACAUCUUGUACUGUUCCAAAUAUUGGUUCAUCUUCCUUACAAGGAGAUGCUAGAUUUGCCGUCGAUGUUUUAAGACCAAUGGGAUGUACAGUGGAACAAACCGCAACAUCUACAACUGUCACUGGUCCUCCGGUUGGUCAAUUGAAACCAUUGAAACAUGUUGAUAUGGAGCCAAUGACCGAUGCUUUCUUAACUGCCUCCGUGGUUGCCGCUGUUGCUCAUGAUGGUCAAACUUCAACUUCAAUCACUGGUAUUGCCAAUCAAAGAGUUAAAGAAUGUGAUAGAAUCGCUGCUAUGGUUUCUGAAUUAGCUAAAUUUGGUGUCAAAGCCAAUGAAUUACCCGAUGGAAUUGAAAUCCAUGGUAUUAAAAUAGAUGAAUUAAUCACUCCUUCUAUUGAAAAAAGAGGUAUUAAAACUUUUGAUGAUCAUAGAGUCGCUAUGUCAUUCUCUUUAUUAGCAGGAUUAGCUAAAGAACCAGUAUUAAUUCAAGAAAGAUCAUGUACCGGUAAAACUUGGCCAGGAUGGUGGGAUACUUUACAUAGUAAGUUCAAUAUUACUAUUGAUGGGUAUGAAUUACCUUUUGAUGCUGAUGAUUCUUCAUUAUUGAUUGAUAAACAUGCUAAUGGUGAUAAAAGUAUUAUUGUUAUUGGUAUGAGAGCUGCUGGUAAAUCAACUUUAUCUAAAUGGAUGGCAACUUUCCUUGGUUUUAAAUUCUUAGAUUUAGAUGAUGUAUUUGAAGAAAGAGUCAAUACUGAUAUCAGAUCAUUUAUUAAAGAACAUGGUUGGGCAGAAUUCCGUAAACAAGAAGCUGCCAUUGCCAAAGAAAUCUUUGCUAAAAACUCUAAAGGUUACGUCAUCUCUACUGGUGGUGGAAUUGUUGAAGGUGAAGAAGCUAGAGAUAUCUUAAAGGAUUACAUCAAACUGGGAGGUAUUGUUUUACAUUUACAUCGUGAUUUGGAUGAAACUGUUGUCUUUUUAUCUUCUGAUACUACUAGACCUGCUUACAUCAAUGAAAUCAAAGAUGUUUGGAUUAGAAGAGAACAAUGGUAUCAUGAAUGUUCCAACUAUCACUUUUAUUCAUCCCAUUGUGGAAAUGAAUUAGAAUUCAAACAUUUAAGAAAUUCAUUUAUAAGUUACUUAAGAACAAUUACUGGUUUACAAAUUUCUCCAAUCCCAAGAAAUAGAUCAGCCGUUGUGACAUUAACCUUUGAUGAUUUAAAUAACGUUGCCGAACAAUUAGAAGAAAUAGCUACUGGAUGUGAAGCCGUUGAAUUAAGGGUUGAUCUUUUAAAGAAACAUGCCAAGACUUUUGUGGCUGAUCAAACUGCUACUUUAAGAAAAUAUGUCAAUUUACCAAUUAUUUAUACUAUAAGAACUGAAUCUCAAGGAGGUAAAUUCCCAGAUCAUGAACUUGAAUCACUUGAAGAAUUACUUUUAUUAGGUAUCAAACUUGGUGUUGAAUACUUGGAUAUUCAAUUAAAUUUCCCAAAUUCAUUAAUUGAAAAAAUCUUAGAACGUAAGGCAUUUACAAGAUUAAUUAUUUCUCAUCAUGAUAAUACUGAAGUUUUGAAAUGGUCUAAUGUAGAUUGGAAGAACAAGUAUAAUCAAGCUGUUUCGUAUGGUGCUGAUCUUGUUAAAUUAGUCGGUACAGCUACUUCUUUUCAAGAUAAUCUUGAUUUAGAAGUAUUCAAAUCUGCUAAUACUUUAAAACCAUUGAUUGCUAUUAACAGAGGCGAACAAGGUAAACUUUCAAGAGUUUUAAAUACCAUCUAUACCCCAGUUACUCAUGAUUUGAUUCCUAAAUCAGCAACUGCAGCAGCUGGUUUACUUACUGUUAAUCAAAUUAAUAAAGCCUUUGCUGAAAUUGGUGGAUUUACUAAUAAGAAAUUCUGGGUUGUUGGAUCACCUAUUGAACAUUCAAGAUCACCAAAUCUUCAUAAUGCAGGUUAUCAAAAAUUAAAUUUACCAUAUACAUUUGAUAGAUUUGAAUCUAGUAAUGCUGAUGAAGUUUAUGAGAAAUUAAUUAAAGGAAAUAAGAAUUUUGGAGGUUUAUCAAUCACUAUGCCACUUAAAUUGGAUAUUAUGAAAUAUGCUGAUGAAUUAUCUGAAGCUGCUAGAUUAAUUGGAGCUGUCAAUACUCUUAUUCCAUCUCCAACUGAUCUGACUAAACUUUUUGGUGAUAAUACUGAUUGGGUUGGUAUUACCAAUUCAUUUAUAAGAUAUGGUGUACCUAACAUUGAAAAUUCAUCUGUUAAUGGUUUAGUUGUUGGUGGAGGUGGUACUUCUAGAGCCGCUGUAUUUGCAUUACAUGAUAUGGGAUGUAAGAAGAUUUAUAUGAUCAAUCGUACUGCAUCCAAGAUACAUGAGAUUAAAAAUUCAUUCCCUAAAGAAUACAAUAUUGAAAUCUUAGAAACUGUUGAAGAAGUUGAAGAAGCUGAAGCUGUAUCAUUAGUGGUUUCAUGUGUUCCAGCUGAUAAACCAAUGGAUGAAGCUUUACUUAAUAAAUUAGAAAGACUUUUAUAUCAUGGAAGUACCCAACAAUCAGGUGGAUUCACACCAACUUUAAUCGAAGCGACAUAUAAACCAAGAUUAACUCCAGUUAUGAGAAUUGCACAAGAGAAAUUCCAAUGGAGUGUUAUACCAGGGGUUGAAAUGUUAGUGAAUCAAGGUGAAAAGCAAUUCCAAUUACAAACUGGAUCUACACCACCAUAUAAAGUGAUUCAUGAUGCUGUAGUAGCAGAAUAAAUCAUUUUAACUAUACCUCUCUCUCUCUCUCGUUUAAAAUGUAAAUAAAAUAUAUAGAUAGAUUUCAAUAAUAAAAAUUUUCAAAGUUUCGUUUUUAAGAUAAAAAUAGUGGUGUUGUUUUAUAAAUUUUUGCAGUAAAUGGGCGGUUGUCCAAAAUAGGCAGGAGGGGUACGGCUAACCAACGGUGCGCCUGAGCUGGGCUGGGUCCAGAAUAUAUGUAACGUGGUUCAUAAGUAACGAAUAGCCAAUUACAAUAGUUUACUAUUUUAUAAUUAAAUCAUUCACAUCUUGAUCAUA